AGGCCGCGGCCAGCCCGCGGGGCCCAGGCGGCGCGGGCCGGUGGAUGCCCGCGGCGGCGGCGGCGCUGGCCGUCCUGCUCCUGCCCUCCUGCUGGCCGGCGGCGGGGGGCGCGCGGCCGGGCCCCGUCCCGCUGCAGCUCGGCGUCUACCUGCUCUGCGCCGCGGCCGCCUUCCUGCUGGGGGCCGCCCUGUCGCUCUUCUGCCGGGGCCGGCGCGCCCCGCCGCCCGACUUCGCCGCCGCCUGGCGCAGGCUGGCGAGCUCAGGAGGAGGACCAAGAAGUAGUCCCUUGUGUGGAAAUGUACAUGAGUCGGCUCUGCCUAGGAGGGUGGUCAUUUCUCAUAAUAUGGAUAAAGCUUUGAAAGAAGUGUUUGACUACACGUAUAGAGAUUAUGUCCUGUCCUGGUAUGGAAACCUCAGCAGAGACGAGGGGACCCUUUACCAUCUGCUCUUGGAAGACUUUUGGGAAAUUGUCCGACAGCUGCACCACAGACUGAGCCACGUGGAUGUAGUAAAACUCCUAUGCAAUGAUGUUGUGCGGGCCUUACUCACUCACUUUUGUGACCUGAAAGCUGCAAAUACCAGACAUGAAGAACAGCCGAGGCCUUUUGUGUUACAUGGUUGCUUGAGGACUUCAGAUGAUGAAGUAAGAUUCCUACAAACAUGUUCUCAGGUUCUGGUGUUUUGUCUCGUCCCCUCAAAGGAUGUCCAGUCCCUCAUCUUACGUAUAAUGCUUGCAGAAAUACUCACAAGAAAAGUCUUGAAGCCAGUAGUGGACUUACUUAGUAAUCCAGAUUACAUUAACCAGAUGCUGCUCUCUCAAUUGGAGCACAGACAACUGGCGAAUCAACAUCAUAAAAGAGCCUAUACCUAUGCUCCUUCUUAUGAAGAAUUCAUCAAGCUUAUUACCAGCAAUUCUGAUGUUGAAUUCUUGAAGCAACUCAGGUGUCAGAUUGUAGUGGAAAUAGUCCAAGCCACGGCAAUUAGCAGCUUUCCCCAGAUGAAGAGGCACAAGGGUAAAGAAACGGCCGCGAUGAAAGCUGAUCUCCUGAGGGCCAGGAAUAUGAAAAGGUACAUCAACCAACUGACGGUGGCCAAGAAGCAGUGUGAGAAGAGGAUCCAGAACUUGGGGGGGCCCAUUUACAACCAGAAAGAGGAGGGGACCUUGAAUGAGGAACUGCCGCUGAGCCAGAAGAUUCUUCAGUUUGAAGAUAUUAUGACCAAUACUUCCUACAGAGAGUACUUCCGGAAAUACAUGGAAAGGAUCCACAAGGGAACUCUGAUUAGUUUUUGGGAAUCCGUGGAAUAUUUAAAGAAUGCCAAUAAGAAUGAAAUUCCACAGUUAGUGGGAGAAAUUUACCAGAAUUUCUUUGUUGAAAACAAAGAGAUAUCAGUGGAAAAAUCACUUUACAAAGAAAUCCAGCAAUGUCUUGUAGGAAAUAAAGGUAUUGAGGUGUUCUACAGAAUCCAGGGUGAUGUUUAUAAGAUCCUGAAUGAUAGGUAUUAUCCCUCAUUUAUUGUCAAUGAUCUGUAUGAGAAAUUGAUCAAGGAAGAGGAGGAUGCCUCACAGUUGGUGGCCAACAAGGACCACAUGGGCCCCGGAGAUGAGGUGGGAGAGGAAGCUGUGGAUGAGGGCACCAGUCAACAGGCGGGGUAUGCAGUAAGCAAACUGCGGGAGCUGAAUGAGAAGCUUGAAUAUAAGAGGCAAGCUCUAAAUUCUAUCCAAAAUGCACCAAAACCAGACAAGAAGAUUGUUUCCAAGUUAAAGGAUGAAAUACUGCUAAUAGAGAAAGAACGCACAGAUCUUCAGCUGCACCUGGCCAGGACAGACUGGUGGUGUGAGAACCUUGGCCUAUGGAAAGCCUCCAUCACGCAUGGAGAGGUGACUGAAGAGAAUGGUGAGCAAAUGCCCUGUUACUUUGUGUUGGUCAGCUUACACGAAGUUGGGGAAGUUGAGACCAAGAACUGGACCGUCCCCAGAAGGCUGAGUGAAUUUCAGAACCUGCAUCGGAAACUUAGUGAGUGUGUCCCUUCUUUAAAAAAAGUCCAGUUGCCUUCUCUUAGCAAGCUGCCUUUCAAAUCUAUAGAUCAAAAGUUUAUGGAAAAGUCCAAGAAUCAAUUAAAUAAGUUUUUACAGAAUCUGCUCUCGAAUGAAAGACUGUGCCAGAGCGAAGCCCUUUAUGCCUUUUUGAGCCCUUCUCCUGACUACCUCAAGGUUAUUGAUGUGCCGGGAAAAAAACCCAGUUUUUCCUUAACCUCAUUUCUGGAAAGACUUCCCCGGGACUUCUUCCCUCACCAGGAGGAAGAGACAGAAGAGGACAGUGAUCUGUCCGACUAUGGGGAUGAUGUGGACGGACGCAAGGACUCCCUGGCUGAGCCGUGUUUCAUGCUGAUUGGGGAGAUUUUUGAACUUCGAGGAAUGUUUAAAUGGGUGAGAAGAACAUUAAUUUCACUCGUGCAGGUCACUUUUGGGAGAACCAUUAACAAACAACUCCGAGACAUGGUGCACUGGAUUAUCAGUGAGCAAAUGGUGGUUUACUACAUUAAUACUUUCCGGGAUGCAGUUUGGCCAAAUGGGAACUUGGCGCCAUCGGCUUCAAGUAGGAGCUUCGAACAAAAACAGGAGACAAAAAAGAGAGCCCAGCAGAAGCUGCUAGAACACAUUCCAGAUAUGCUUCAGAGCCUUGUUGGACAGCAAAAUGCUCGUCACGGUAUCAUAAAAAUAUUCAAUGCCCUGCAAGAAACAAGAGCAAAUAAGCACCUAUUAUAUGUGCUGCUGGAACUGCUGCUGAUUGAACUGUGUCCUGAGCUGAGGACGCAUUUAGAGCAACUCAGAGCUGGCCAAGUCUGAAACCGCACAAGUCAACCACCAGAGAAAUGUCUGUGUAAUAAUAGACAUGAAACAUUUUCCUCUUUUCCACAGAGGGCUCAACGGGGAACCACAUUGAUUUUUUAUUUUGCAAUUACCUCCCUCUAGUUUUAUGUGAAGUAAGCAGAGUGGGGGUGGGGGACUUGAUGCUGUAGUGGGUAACAGAAAAAAAUUUUUUCUGUUAAUUACUGGUUUUUAUUUUAAUAGUCAUAUAAAUAUGGUACAGUUCAGCAUACUGACUGAAAUACAAAUGUUAAUAGGUGAUAAGACCCUAGGAAAUAUUUUAAAUAUUUAUGAAAAGUUUGUUUAAAAAUAAACUAUGAAUAUUGUACAGUUAAUUUCCUCACUGAGGAUUCUGAACAUUCCUGUAUUAUUUCAUGUGUUUGGAGAACAUUGUUGUGCAAUGCUGUGUGUAAAAUUAUUGUGAAAACUCUACUCUUUAUUUUUACCAAAGAUUUCCCAUAGUUUGAAGCAUUUGAAGCAAUAAAAUAUGAAAACGAAUCA